ACUGGAAGCAGCAUGGUCAAGGGCACCCGGCUGAAAGAGCACAGAUAGCAAGGAAGCAGCAAGGAGGAGAGCAACCUCGUGUCUAAAGGGCUGUCACAGAAGAACAGUCGGUUUAAGUCGUGUUGAAGAGAAGAAGAUCGAAGCAGCAAUGGAUCAGGCAAGGUCAACGAUAUCCAAAAUUUUUAACGGGGAGCCCCACUCCUACACACGAUUCAACUUGACCCAGAACAUGGAAGGCGACAACAGCCAGGUGGAGAUGAAGCUGUCGUCCGACAUGGACGAGGAGGUCGGGGGAAACGGCGUGGGAGAAAACCUCAAUCACAACUCCAACCGCAAACCCUACGUGGCUCAAAAGCUCGGACGCACGCCGAAGAACCUCUGCUUCAUGGCCGCCGCCACCCUCCUCAUCUUCAUCAUCGGCUACUUGAUCGGCUACCUGGUUCAUCGAAAGAAGGAUGUGACUCCCAUCUGUGCAGCCUCCGUGGCCACUUUUGAAGAAACAAAUGCCGUCGAGACCGGUGCCGCCCCCCUCAUGGACUGGGACGAUGUCAAAAAGCUCCUCGCUCAGAAACUCACCGCAGCCAAAUUUGAACCGGUCUUCAGUGAGUUUUCCAGUGCCAACCACCGGGCUGGUUCUCCAGGUGACGAGGCUCUGGCGAACAAGGUGAUCCAGAAAUUCAAAGAGUACGGCAUGAAAUACUGGACCGAUGAGCACUUUGUUAAGGUUGACGACCCCCCAGCUUCUGGCUCCAACAGUUUUGUUUUCAAGAGCGGGAGGGAGGAGCGUCCAGAGGGCUUCCUGUCCUACAGCGCCAAUGGAACAGUAACGGGUGCCGUCUUGUAUGCAUAUUACGGGCGGGAAGAUGACUUCACGUUUCUGCAGGACAAGAGCAUCAACCUGAAAGGCAGGGUCAUGCUGGUCAGAGCUGGUAGGAUCAGCUUUGCCGAGAAGGUCGCCAAUGCUGCCAAAACGGGUGCCUCUGCUGUGCUGAUCUACGCGGACCCCGACGAGUACUCUAUUGGAGCAAACACUCAGCUCUUUGGACAUGUCCACUUGGGUUCAGGGGAUCCCUACACCCCAGGCUUCCCCUCCUUCAACCACACCCAGUUUCCCCCCGUCCAGUCUUCGGGCCUGCCGAAAAUCUUGGCUCAGACCAUCACAGCAGCCAUGGCUACCAGCAUUCUGAGGCAGCUCGGGGGUCAGAAUAUGCCGGUGCAGUGGGGAGGCCCCAACAAACUGGGAGAGGAGAGCGACGUUAUCACCGUGUCGGUCAACAACGUUCUUGCCGAGAAAAAGAUCAAUAAUAUCUUCGGGGUCAUCAAAGGCUUUGUGGAUGCAGAUCGAUAUGUGGUUAUCGGCGCCCAGAGGGAUGCCUGGGGUGCAGGUUUUGCCGCGUCGACCGUCGGCACCAGCGUCCUUGUUGAGCUGGCACGUUCCAUCUCAGAUAUGGUGAAGAACGACGGAUUCAAGCCGAGGAGAAGCAUCGUGUUUGCCAGCUGGAGUGCCGGAGAAUAUGGGAGUGUUGGCGCCACCGAGUGGCUGGAGGGUUAUGUUACCUCUCUGAGCAUGAAAGCCUUCUCCUACAUCAACCUGGAUGGAGUUGUAACGGGUCCCAAAGGAUUUAAAGUGGCAACCAGUCCCUUGAUGCACAGCCUGAUCCAGAGCACUAUGAACGAGGUGAACUCCCCAAACAAGGCUGGGACUCUCUCUUCUCAAUUUGCGAGGGGCAACUGGGAGACAUCUGUGUUGGAGCCUCUGAAGAUGGAUAAUGCUGCGUAUCCUUUCCUCGCCUUUUCUGGCAUUCCCUCGGUCUCAUUUGGAUUCACCUCUGGUACCUCGGACUACAAGUACUUUGGCACAAUGCUGGACACCCGGGAGAGUCUGAACUUGGUGACGGGCAACCAGGUUCCUCAGCUGGCUGAAAUAGCGACCCGGUUCGCGGGUCACAUGGCGCUGAGGCUGGUCCACGAUCACCUGCUGCGGAUGGACGUGAUGAAGUACUACAAGGUUAUAAGCAUGCAAGUGGGGAAGAUCAACGUGAAAGUCAAGGCUGUUCAGAGGAUGCAGCCCCAGCUGUUGCCCAAGGCCCUGUCAAUGCAGUGGUUGAUCUCGGCCACCGGCUCCUACAGCCGCGCCUCCAGCAGGCUGAUGGCAGACAUCCAGAACAGCGACCUGGAGGACAUUGAGAUGUGCCGUAUCAUUAAUGACCGCAUAAUGACGGUGGAAAGGAACUUCCUGUCGCCCUAUGUGUCUCCACAAGAGAGCCCUUUCCGCCACAUCCUGCUGGGCUCCGGACCUCACACCCUCAAGGCUGUGUCCAACCACCUGGACGCCCUCAGGACCAACGACUCCAAGGCAGACGCCGACCUGUUCCGCAAGCAGUUCGCCCUGGCGACCUGGACCAUUCAGGGCUGUGCCAACUCACUAGCAGGGGACAUCUGGUCUUUGGAUAAUGAAAUCUAAAAAGUUAAUUCACCCCCCCCCUCCUGCUUUGUUCAUGAUUUGACCCUCUCAUCACAACCGGAGUGAAAACCAGUAGGCUGUGAUCAUUAACCAACAGAUGCACAGCUUUUUAAUUUAAUUUAGUGGAGCCGUUACUGAACGGAUACCAAUAUCACAGUCAUCCCCUACAACAUUUGAGUGAUGAGCUCAUCUUCCAUCUUUCUGAAAUUCUCCAUAAAGCCAAACAUUAAUGAUACAAAUGUACUUAAGCCUUAAAGCCUUAACAAAAAGAAACUUUAGAGGGUCAUUUUCUUUUUCUCCAUUUUGGAAAGAAAAAUUCUUCAAUAACUUUAACAUGUGGCAUUUAAUUACCACAUUCUGAAUACUUUGGUGCUACCUUCAAAUAGCCAUGUUAUGUGGCAGUACUACUUAAAAUGAUGUUACCCUCAUGAAUGAGUUGAAUGUAGUGAAACUGAGGCUUCUUCAGCACAGUAUCAUCAGGUCACAAUCACAGGACAGGCUGUGUUUGCCAGCUCAGAGACGAAUGAAACGCAAAAAAGGCCAGUAUGAUAUUAUAAGCUAACGACUUUCCAUCUGUUUACCAUAAUUAUUACAAAUCAAAUCUGCUGGUAUUUUUCCACUGGUGCUGUAGCCUCGCGUUCAAACCUGAGCUGGUUCGUAUUGGUAGCUAUAAUUACAUACUGUGCUGAAAUCUGCUACUCAACUCAGAGAUUCAGAAGGUGCUGAAAAAGGACCGAAGAUUAUUAACCAUAAUGACGCAUUCACACCAAGCGCGGAGCGAACUUUUCACGUGACACGAUUCCAUAGAAAGUCAAAGCAAAAUGUGUCAUUCACGUAUUCGCGCGAGUUGAAAUAAUUCAACUAUAGCAAAAAAAUGUGUGUGACGCUGUGUCGCGAAAGCCCAUCAGCGCUGAGAUUCUCCCAUGAUUCACUGAUGUCCUGAUGUAGUUGAAUCAGAGAUGGAGGACAAACUUAUUGUGGCCGUUUGCAGGCACCAAGAGCUACGAUAGCACCUCAUAUUUUUACAGAGACGGGACGAAACUCUAUGUUUAUAAUGUCUAUUAGGGCUGUGUUAUAGCACGAAUCUGGCAAUACAAUACGUUCAUUAUACAGGGGUUACGAUUCAAUAUAAUGCAAUAUAUUAAUAAUGUAUAUGUUUAAUUAAUUAAAUGACAGCCUAAUCUGUUUAUUUUGGGUAGCGACGUGUGGCUUGCUAGAUAGGCGACAGUCAGUGCAAUGACACUGUAUGUGAAUACAGCAUGGUGAAAUUCACAGAGCCCCGCCGGCGUUUUUUCCGACAUAUCUGGGACUUCCGCAACAUGUACAAAGCAUCAACAGUGGUUAUUUCUUCCAUGGUUGAUGGUGGAAAUAGCAGAAAGAGAAGUUGAUGUUGGUAUCUAUGGAGACGAGCCCCUUCUCCUCUCCGGCGCGUCUAGAACGAGUAACGCGAAUGAACACGAAUGAUCCCGGCGGUCCAACUCAUGCGAGUAAAGCGAGGCGAAAAUUCGCUUGGUGUGAAUGCGACAUAAUACAGUUGUGUUGCACGUAGAAAUAGAUUUUUGGGACAAUCAGCUGGCAUCGUUUAACACUCGUGCAGCAUUGAUCUUUUUAAGAGAAGUCCUAAUUACAUGCAACAAUUUAAAAAAAGAAAAAUGUAAUAACCUGAUUCGUCCGCCUCCUGACAUGAGGGCGAAUCUCUGCAGGCCUUUCAAAAACCCCCGAGGGAGAAGGUCUCCAACCACGUGGCACUGAAACAGAAACCGUACGUCUAUUUAUUGUGUUAUUUAUUUAUCAGUGGCAGGGUUCACUAUAAAUAGUUUUUUUUUAUUGCCUUUUAUAAAAAAACAUAGUGUAUAAUUAUCGGGAGCAGUGCCUUCCAUAAUUAUGACAGUUAUACUGUCGAAAUGACAAAAGCAGCAUCUGCUUAAAAGGAAGUGUACAUGUUGACCGACGGACAGGACUGAACACUGAACCAUCAGGAACUUCUCAGAAAACAGCACAACUCUUUUAAACUGACACUGGAUUGGUCUUAUUUUUUAAGGCAAGGCCAGCUCAUACAUCACACCUCUCUGUCUGUCAGUACCGGUCCCUUGGUCACAUGUACACCUCUCAAAACAUUAUCGGGAGCAGUGUCUUCCAUAAUGUGGAAAAAACUAGAAGGUAGUUUUUGCCUACCAGUGUGUGUCCGUAUCGGAGGCAGUGCCCUCCAUAUUUCACUGUAGGAGUGGAUGUUUUUAUUAUCGGGAACAGUGUUUCCCAUAAUGUGUACAUAUUCAAUGCAUCGCUACACAAUGCAACAAUGUUGUCCGCAUCUUUAGAUCCCAUCUGUCAUGUUUCAAACGCUUAUGUAGUUUUAAUUUCAGCUCUUUAUGAAAACGUCUGUCUCAUUAGUAAGGUAAAGAAGCUGUCUUUACAGUGUUCUGGGUUUCUUUAGUGAGUCUCAUUUCAAUCAAAUGCUGGUAAUGUGUUUUUCUUCGGGCUUUAUGAUAUGGAACUGAUAUGGAAAGCCUUUUUGCUUUAAAGAAAGAAAAAUGUUACAAACAUGUUUGGGACCCCGGUUAACAGCAGUGAGGUCCACUAAUUCCAGAAAAGAUCAACUCAACAACAAAAUGGAUUUUUGUUUUUGAUGAUUCAGUCAGUCGGUGUGAAAGUACAUUCUACCUUUCUAUUUUGAUGUGUUCAUUCAUUGUUGUUAAGAGAUUUCUUUGUGCCUUUUUUUGUUUGUUUGUUUCAUGACUGCAUAGAGCUGAGUUUCUACAUACAGUACUUAAAGAGGUUUUUGGAGGAUGUAUAUUUGGCUUGUUUUGUUUAGUUUUGACAUUUCUGCAUUUCUUUUUUCCCCCUGUUGUCUGCUAGAAUCAAAUGUUACUGGUUUUAAAUGCCUGUUAUGCUACUACACAUUGAGAUAAAGUCACAGGAAGAAUGAAAAUUGUGAAAAAUUGAAAGUACAAAAUCAAUGUAAAUGGGAUUUAAAAAUUACUCAGUGAAUGUUACAGAAGUUAAUGUGGUCCUCCUUUAGCUAAAUCUGGUCUUUUAGUUUCCUUUUUUUUUUAAUGAAAUCCACCUGGCCUCAGCAGAAAAACCUGAAGUUGAAUUGUUUUAGAUCAGUCAUUUAAAAAUGAUCUAUUAACCGUUCAUACGUUCAUAGUUUGAAUGCUUGAACUGAUCUGCUGGGCUAUAAUGAGGCAUGUUCUGGAAGUUACAUUUUCUAAUAUUGGUGUCUUGCUGAGGACGCAGACGAUUUGGCAAAUUUGGUCUUUCAAAAUUCUGACAACGUGGAUGAAGAAUGCGUUUGGGAAUUGUUAAAAUAACAAUGCAUUUUGUUUUUCUCAAACUGUAUACGGAUUUGCUUCGCUUCACAUUUUUUGUUGCUGCAAUAAACAAUCACAUCAAAA